AUGGCUGUCUUCAGUGCACCUCGUUUCGCACUAUGGGCUAGUUGCUUCCUCCCGCUCGUUCUUUGCAGCAAUGCUACCUCCAGUACAACAGGAUACCCAGUGUCUAUAACGCCGUCGCCAUCGUACGGCGGCACCGAUGGAACAUGCUCGAAGUACUGCGGCUUUGUCCCAGUCUUCUACUCCAGCUCUUACUGGUCGCAAUGGAUCACGCCAGUCACAGUGGGAACUGUGAUGGUCGUUGUCAAUGACUCCGAAACACGCACAACAACCAAAUACAACUCUGGAGAAGCUGUGGUGGGUUCAUCGACCGUGGCUAUUUCGGAUCUAAUCAGCGAUGGUCUGCUGGGCACGAAGGCAACCACCAUGACAGCAAAGGCUACCGGGUUCGAUGGCUCGCCAACAGUCGUUACUUAUCCUACCCCUUGGUGGACGAUCGAUUCCGAGAUUUUUUGGGGUGGUAGUAUCCCUGUGUCCACCAAAUGCUCAACCUGGGCAGGAUUAAUCACUGGCUCAUCAUCGUCCUAUCCAUUCUCACUUAAGGCGUCGCCCCUACCUACCCAUGCUCCCUUUACGACUAAGCCCGCACCGGUCGAUCAGGAUGAUCCCUACGGCAACCUGUAUACACUGGUUGGCGGCCUCGAAGAGACCCUCGACAAGGAAGACAUCGCUUCUCUUUUCCCUGGCAAUGACUUUCUACUUGAGGUCUACGGCUGCUCGACGGGAAAUUAUGUCCUUCCCGCAACCGCGGUGCAAGCUGUGGCCGGUCUGCUUGCUACCACAACGGAACACAUCUCACCGGCGCCAGAGAAGCCAACGGACACGGCGAAGCCAACAGACACCGCAAAGCCGACCGAUCCUCUGAAGCCAACAGACACGCCGAAGCCCACGGAAUCGCUGGAGACAACUCCCACUGACAAGCAAACUGACGGCGGUCCGCCACCGUCUCCGCUUGUGCCCGAACCUUCACCAAAAGACACAAGCACUCAGCUCGAUGGUAACCAGCAACCGAAACCCGAAGCUACUCCGCCUACAGACACAACCCUCGUGGCUGGUGGGAAGACCUUGGUGCCAGGCUCUGCCGUGAUCGUUUCUGGGACCACUUACUCCCUCCCCUCAACUGGCGCGGGAAUAUAUGUCGACGGCGAAUCGCGAACCCUCGCAGCGACACCUACUGCUCCACAAAAUGUCGGCGGUAUUCUGGUGACUCCCGAAGCGGGUAGCGCAAGCAGUACCACGGAGUAUCUGCUCAAUGGACAGACGCUAGCGCCUGGAUCGACGGUGGUGGUGUCUGGUACGACGUUCUCUCUCCCCAGUUCUGGACAGGGGAUCUAUGUCGAUGGAACGUCGACGGCUGUUCCGACGGGUGGUGCUGAGACACCGUUCGAUGUGGGCGGUGUCAAAGUUACGCCGACGGGGGCAGCUGUGCCAUCUGGUUCUUCUGGUGUGGUUCCUGCUUCUGAGAAUGGUGCGGGUUCGAGGGGACUUUUAGGUUGGGCUAUUAGCCUGGGAAUAUCCUUGGCUGUGGUGUGGGCGACUUUACUGUAA